UUAGUGUACUUUGUCUUUUUACGUUAAAAAGCAUAGAUAUUUACAUAUAUUUACGCGACAAGCUAUACGAAAAUUAUUAGUGUAAUUGUAAUUGAUAAUGUUAUUGAUCGCUCGACCACGAUUCGUACAUGUGCACUGCCCGAGCGAGUGGACGUAAUAAUUAAAAACGAAUCGAUCCCUUUUACAAAACGACAGUAUUUAUACGAGAUUUAAAAAAAAAAAAAAAAAAGAAAAAAGAAAGAAAGAAAGAAAGAAAUAUCGUUUUAUAUAAAUUUGGAUUUUUUUUACCAAAGUUUCGCGAUUGGGACCAAUGUUCGCCUUGAGUGAUAUCCGUCUACCACGAAAAGAUAAAUAUAAAGUAUAAACGUAACGAAGAAUGUGGAACAUCGAACGUAGAUAUAGGAGCGAAAGGUUGGUGAAAAGUGAGGAAGCGAGUUGCGUUCGAACGAAUGAAAGUUGGCCGUAGUCGGAUGAAAAUCUCUCGAUCCGUUGACACGAAUGAAAGGGAAGAAGGGGACAAAAGUGGAUCGUUGUUGAAAAGCGUCGAAAUCAAGGUGGAAGAAUGUGAUUCGCGUGGAGCGAAGGAGGAAGGGUGUACGUUCCGCUCGAAAGUGGACGCGGUGCGAGGUUACCGGAUAAAAAGGGAGGCGGAGGGGGAAGAGGAGAAAGGAAAAUGCCAGGGGGAACUUCGACGCGAGAAAGCAGCGAGGCGAUCCGGAUGGAGCCUUUGGGUAGAACCUCGAGUUCGCGAAGUCCCGGCCAAAACGGGACUGCCAACACCACCACCGAGGUCCCGAUAAAUUCAGGAGACAGUAACACAGGAUUGCACAAACGUAGUAUUUACGAGCAUAAUGGAAUUGUGUGUUCUCAAAAAAGGGCUCUCUGCAUAGCUACCGUUGUUUUUGCGAUCCUUUUCGCCAUAUCACUCAUCAUUGCCUUCGCGGGACCACAAAACGACUGCCCUUGCGCUGGAGAGAAGCCAGCCAGCGUGGAUAUCGAGGACGAUAAAAAAAGCAGCGAGCCUCUUGCGACUAAUGGAGAGGUGUUCCCUUGGAAUAACGUGAGAUUACCUACGUUUGCGCAUCCUACCAGGUACAAUAUCACCAUCCAUCCAAAUCUUACAACGUUAGAGGUAAAAGGACAGGUCACGAUCGAAUUCUACGUCGAUAAAGAGACCAACUAUAUCGUCUUCCAUAGUAAAAAUUUGACAAUAAACGAGAAAAUGAUUCAAGACCGUAAAGGGCACAGAUUAAAAAUUUCGAGAUUGCUGGAAUAUCCGAAACACCAACAAUUGUAUUUAGAACUGGAAGAGAGUAAAUUUCGAAAGAGGGGAAAUUACACGGUACAUUUGAGGUUCAUUUCGAAACUCAGCAGCGAACUGGAGGGAUUUUAUCUUAGCAGCUACGUUACCCCGGAAGGAGAAAAGAGGUACCUCGCGACAACCCAUUUCGAACCUACGUACGCACGCUCGGCAUUUCCAUGCUUCGACGAACCGCAAUUUAAAGCUAAGUUCAAGGUUUCGAUAUUCAGAGACAGAUUUCACAUCGCGUUGUGCAACAUGCCUGUAACGAACACCGAGGACGCGGGAUUUUACAUGGGCACGGGCCUCCUUCGCGACGACUUCCAAGAAUCCGUAGAGAUGUCCACGUAUUUGGUGGCGUUCGUAGUGUGCGAUUUCAAACGAGUCUCGGAAUUAACGAAAAGAAAUAUUUCCGUGAGCGUUUACGCGUCAGAGGCGAUGCUUCCACAGGCGAGAUACGCGGUGACAACAGCCGCUCGUAUAAUGGAUUACUUCGAGUCUUUUUUCGGGGUACAUUAUCCAUUGCCUAAACAAGAUCUAAUAGCUAUCCCCGAUUUUGCCACCGGGGCGAUGGAAAACUGGGGACUGAUCACGUAUCGGGAGACAUCGAUACUUUACGAUCCGGAAGAGUCGUCGACCAACGUUCACGAAUGGAUCGGUACGAUCGUGGCUCACGAAUUGGCCCACCAAUGGUUCGGUAAUCUGGUCACUAUGAAAUGGUGGAACGACUUGUGGUUGAACGAGGGGGCGGCCAGUUUCUUCGAAUACAAGGGGGUGAAUCACAUUUCACCCGAGUGGAGCAUGAUGGACAAGUUUAUAUUAGAGAAAACGCAAUCGGCUCUAGAUCUCGACGCGUUGGCCACCAGUCAUCCUAUAAGCGUCCAGGUCAAAGAUCCGAACGAGAUCGAAGCGAUAUUCGACGAUAUCAGUUACAGUAAGGGUGCUUCCAUUCUAAACAUGCUUGAAGGCUUUUUAUGCGAAGACGUUCUCAAAAGCGGAUUGAACGAUUAUCUGAAUUCGCACGCGUAUGGAAAUGCAGAUACGAACGAUCUUUGGGCGGCCUUUACCAAACAUGCCAAUAAUACUUUUGACGUGAAAGCUAUUAUGGACACGUGGACGCAGCAAAUGGGUUUUCCUCUGAUCACGAUUACGCGUAACGGGAAUACAAUCACGGCUACUCAGAAGAGAUUUUUAAUUUCGCCGAAAGAGAACGAUACGGAAUCGCAACGAACGAAAUCGUCGUUUGACUACAAAUGGUAUAUCCCGUUGAGCUACUACACGGACAAAGAACCGCGCAAACUUCACAACGUGUGGAUGAAUUUGACCGACGUGACGUUCGAGAUACCUAGCGACGUGGAAUAUAUAAAAUGUAACGUGAAUCAAAGUGGAUUUUAUCGCGUGACUUAUCCGGAAGAGAUGUGGGCAUCGAUCAUCGCUACCUUGUUGAACGAUCACACCAAGUUUAGCCCAGCGGACCGUGCUAAUCUCAUCGACGAUGCGUUCACGUUGUGCGAGGCGGGCGAGUUGAACGCCACCGUUCCCCUUCGAUUGUCCCUUUAUCUUUUCAACGAAAGGGAUUACGCGCCGUGGACCACGGCGCUCAGAUAUCUACAUUCUUGGAAAGAAAGAUUGAGCGAAAGUCCUGGAUACAAAAGAUAUAUCUUAUUUUUUAAAAAACUGUUGACUCCGGUUACGAAAUACGUGGGUUGGUCCGACGAGGGGUCUCAUUUGAAAAAAUUAUUGAGGAUCGCCGUACUUCAAUCGGCUGUGUCCAUAAAAUUGGAAGAUGUGGUAAAGCCAGCCAAAUCCCUUUUCGAAGAUUGGAUGUUGAAAGGUAAACGGAUCGCGCCCAAUAUACGGAAUGUAGUGUACAUCGCAGGAAUCAAGUUUGGCGGUGAAAAGGAGUGGAAUCAUUGUUGGGAAAAUUAUCAAGAGACUCAAGUAUCGAGCGAGAAACUGAUAAUGUUGGAAGCGUUGGGAGCGAGCACAGAUUCUUGGUUGUUGCAACGUUAUCUUCUACGGUCGUUAGAUCGUGACAUGGUGAAGUCGCAAGACAUGGAAACGGUUAUAAUUUCCGUCGCCACCAAUUCCGACGGUCAAUUUCUCGCGUGGCGUCACCUUAAAGCGUAUUGGCCUCAGAUACACGUUUUACUUGGCAAUGGAUCGUUGAGCGGACUUAUAUCUGUCGUGGUUUCCAACUUUUUCACGGAAUACGACUACCACGAGGUUUCGGAAUUCUUUAAAAAGGUGGACGUCGGAAGCGGUGAACGUGCAUUGGAGCAAAGUCUAGAAACGAUCAAGUUCAAUAUUCAUUGGGUAAAAGAGAAUGCGGAUAUCGUUGAUCGAUGGCUGGUGAAUUAUUUGAACGUUCAGACGAGUUAACCCUUUGUUUACCGGGAAUGGGACAAGAACGAUGCGAGAUCAUCAUCCGUACGUUUCGUAACGAUAUUUGCGUUUCUCGCGAUACGUAUCGACGCGCGAUACCUUGGCGUGAUACGAUAUCUGCGGAAAAGCAAGAUAUGUUUGGCGAGAUAAUCGAAUCGUUUAUUUACCAGUUAGUUAGGUAUAUUAUACACGCAUAAUUCGCAGAUCAAGAAAAUGUCACCCAUUUCCGUCAUACGCGUCGAAAGAUUAUUUUCGUCGGUUAAAGAUCGAAAUACCAAAGUUUAAUACCCUUAUGGAAAACAAUCUUUCGACGAAUCGAAACGAAGCCGAAUUGUUUACCUAUAGCGU